GCUGCCAUCUGCAAGGCGGCCAGAAUUCUGCCCUUGAAGCUCCAGACCGCGUCUCCAUCUCGAACAAACCGCGACAACAUCGCCGACCCCGUCCAUUGUCGCCUACGAACGACACAGGGGAUCAAGAUGGCCUCUAGAGAUUUCGAGAUACUCUAUAAAGAGACGCGACUGAAUUUAGAACCCGCGUCGCAAUCAUCAACCGUCCAGAUCCGUGUCGCACCGCAGAGCGCCUAUGGACGGUCGAGCUCAAGUCGGAGCGGCGCAUCGGCUGACGACGAAAAAGGAUACAAAUCGAAGAGCCUAGCGACGGCUUCCUCCAUCUACUACCGGAAAUACAACGGCUCACCACGGGGCUUCAUAUGGCGGGUCUUGGAUAACGGCAGCGUCCUCAGUCUGCGCGUCGCCGACGUCUGCAAACAAGAGAAGGAGCCCGAUGCGCCGCUGAUCCUGAACCUCCGAUUCCCGACUGCGAUUCGGACAUCCUGCAUUGGAUUUGCCGACUACGAAGACAGCGAUGCGCUCUGUGUUUAUGCUGUCGACCACUCCAACCAAUUAUGGUCACUCACACUGCGGCCGGACCACUUUCGGAAACGGACUGCAACCGAUGGCGGGCUGGGCGACGCUUGCAAGUCGUACUCGCCGCCGGGCUUUGGGUUUAAGCAUCCGCAUAGACUGGCCGUUGUCAACCCCGACCAGCUCAUCGUGACCAUGCACGAUGGCGGCAUCUUGAAGUUCGACAGGAACAAGGCGUUUGACACAAAUGGAGGGGCAUGGAAGGAGACCAUCUACAACGUUGCAGGAUGGGGGCAAAGUCUUCGGGGGUUGGUUCCCUUCCAACGAAACCCGACCAUUAGGUACGACAAAGUCAACAUGGAGUUGACAGCGGCCGCUUCGACAGCAGUCACGGCGAUGGGCCAUUCCGAAACUGCAUUUCUGUUCACCAUCUGCCUGGAUCACCGGAUGAGAGUGUGGGAUGUACGAACGGGCCAGAUUCUGUACACCGGCGACAUCUUGAACACGAGGCGUGACCCCCAAGAGGUUGGCAAGUGGACCAUCGAUCCUUCCCAGGGCAACCUAAUCCGCAUUCUGGAGAACGGCCGCGGGCAAUGCCUAGUAGUGACAUACUCACCCGUUGGGGCCGGCGAGUUCAAGUUCUGGAAGGUCAAGGCAAACGACCAGGGGUCGGUGCACGUCGCGGAUUGCUUCCCAGGCGCCCACUUGAUACCACCAAGCCCGUCCUCGUUGGAUGUGUGGACUCUCGCGGAUUUCGCCGUGACCCAACAGCCUGACGGACCCGAGUUGUGGACGAUGUGGAAGAACAACACCAGCUAUCGCGUGCACAGGUUGCAGGUACAGCCGCAAAAUGGGACGGAGCCUUUUGGCGAUGGCUGGAAGGCGGUACAUAUCGACAACACGGUGCCGACCGUGCGGGUGUCAGGCUCCUGGAACCCGACAGACUCGGCCGAAAAGUGGCUCGACCUCAUCUUCUUCCCUGGCCGCUUCUCCAAAUCGACCCUCGAAACAGCACUGGCGAUGUACGAGAAAGGGUUGGGCACUUACAAGGAGACGGCCUCGAAAGCCGGCAGGAGUAUCGCAGAAUCCAUUUGCUCUGUGCUAGGAUCAACGACAACGUUGGACCGGAGCCCAACAGGGGGCGCAGACUACGACCAGUUCAGAAACACGAGCGAGACGCAGUGGAUGCGCUUCUGGCGUCUCUUGCUCGAGCUCGACAAACAGAGGGGCGAAGCGCUCUCACUAGUCUUCGACCCCUUGGAUGGUAUGAUCUGGGUUGCUUGCGCCGACUUGGUUGCCGCUGUCAGGCAGUGCAGCGACUUGGACCGCGUUUACUACAACCUCCAGUCUCCCGAAAAGAGAAACGAGGAUGUCGCUGCGCUGGUGUCCGCCGGUUUGACCUUUGUGGACAGCUUCUCGGACAGUAUGCAUCAACUCAGCAAUUCCGCUUUGAGGGCCGAGUUAUAUGGAGAUUCGGCCCGGUCGGACAGCGAACGGAUGCAGCUAUUCUUGGACCGAGCCGGGUUCUGGCCCUCAGUUACGGACGAGGACUUGGCCCAGGUGUUCGACACCCUAGGUCAGAACUACCAGAUGGUGACUGCGCGCCUUUACGAGGACCUGUUCGAUCUCAUCACCGCGACGAGCGAGGCGAACUCCCAAGAGCUCCGCGAACCCUUCACGGGAUUUGGACGGAAAGUGGUUGUCCGUGCCGUGCAGGAGACCAUUGAACUCCACUGGCAGAUCCUCUUUAGCCAGCUUAUCCUGCUUGUGCACAUGGAGUUUGAUAUCGAAAGCGAGGACGCUUCCCCCCUACACUCGCGGUUCGAAGUCGGCGCAGUGUAUCGCCGCUUGAUUGAUGCGCUUCGGAGACUGGAGCACCUGAGGUGGAUGGCGAAGACCGAACUGAACUUUUCGGCAACAAAGUCAGGCGGCGGCUCCGGCUCCUCUUCACCCGCGCUAACGAAGCGCAGCCAAGAUGAGAACAACACCAAAACCGCCCUUGAAGGCCUGACCGGGCAUCUCUUCGGUCUCCCAGAGAGCAACAACGUGCCUCUACUCUCUAGCAUCACUGAUCUGGUGCUGGACCUCUGUGCUCCCAGCAGUACAACCGUCAUUUACACCUGGCUCCUCCAGUGCUCGCUCCUCAAACAGGACCGGCCCGACCUCGCGUUGGAGCUCCACCCCUUUGCUGACCAAGAUGCAUUUUCCACCUACGUCCAAGGCCGCGUCUUCCUCGCGCUCAGAGACCACGACACAGCUUCCUUUUACUUUAAGAAGGCCGCUAUUGGCCUGAGCAUCUCCCUCAAACACCUAGACAGGCACAGCGCGGGGCUACUCGACGACACAGAAUGGAACCUCCUUAACAGCGGGCUUCCAAACUACUACGCCCACAUCGUUAGCCUCUACGACCGACAGAAGGCAUACUCCUUCGUCAUGGAGUUCUCCCGCCUCGCGCUGCAGUUCGUCCAGCAAGGCGGCGGCAGCAGCAGCAGCAACAACAACAACACCCACAACAACCACGAAGCCACGGGCGCCAUCAAGACCGAGAUGCUCAGCCGGCUCUUCGCGGCGGCCACCUCGACCUCGCACUUCGAAGAAGCCCACUCGGCGCUCCUCUCCCUCCAGGACGACGAGGCCCUGCAGAGGGCCUACCUGCGGCGGCUGGUCGAGAAGAUGUGCGAGACGGGCCAGAGCGCCGCGCUCACCGCGCUGCCCUUCUCGGGCCUGCAGGCCGCCGUCGACGACAUGCUGCUCGACCGCUGCCGCGCCGCCCGCGACGUGCGCCCCGGCGCGGGCGUCCCCUACCACCAGAUCCUCUACGCCUGGCGCAUCAGCCACAACGACUACCGCGGCGCCGCCGCCGUCCUGCUCGACCGCCUGCAGAAGCUGCGUCGUGCCGGGGAGGGUGAUAGGGUUAGCGGUGGUGGUGGUGGUGUUGGUGGGGGUGGGAAUGGGGGUGCUGCUGCUGCUGCGGCUGCUGAGGACGCCCUCGACACGCAGGUCACCAGGCAGUACCUGCUGCUGAUCAACGCGCUGAGCUGUGUCCCGCCGCAGGAGGCGUAUAUCCUGGAAGACGUGCUCCCCGGCGGCGGCGGCGGGGAUGAUGACGACCGGCGGGGUGGCGGCAAGGCGGGCGAUGAUUUGGACGCGCAGGUGGACGAGCUUGUGAAGAAGCUGGAUGCGGAGGCGGCUAAGGACGUCGGUGGUGGUGGUGGUGGUGGUGAUGGUGGUCGUAAUGGUGAUGGUGGUGGCGAUGAGACGGCGGAGGAGGAGGAUGCGGCGCUGGUGGAGAAGAUGAAGAGGUUCUCGGCGCGGAGCGUGCGGGACUUGCCGCCGCGGCGGUUCCUCAUGCUCGCGGACAUCCGGAAGCAGUACCAGCAGGAGCUGGACAGGAUCGUGGCGAUCCAGAACAACCAGUUCGGAUUUACCGCUGACGAUGAUUUGAUGGAUUUAGCGUGAGGUUGAGAGGUAAGAGACGGGAUGAGGGUUUGGGGGGUGGGAAUGCAAAGGACAUGCAUGGUUUCUGUAAUGAUUUCUACUGUAGGGGUUUUUAGCGUCCAGGAAAAUGGAUACCUCUGAUCAUAUCGGCGUGAUGGCAGGGAUUGCGUGCUCGAGAGAGAAGGGGGUCACGAUGGUGGGAUAUAGGUCCAUCAGGAGGAGCCCAUGGAAGAUGAGAACAAACACAUAAAUCUCAA